CUAGUCCAUCGCCCCGAACAAUUGACCGCCAUUUUUAUAGCCCUCAGAACCUUCUCUUUCUUGUUCUUCUCUUCUUCCCCCUAAACCCCCCCACAAAUCACAGAGAGAGAAAGAGAGAAAGGGACCAAAAGCAGAGCUCAAGUAGUAGUAGUAGAGAGAGAAAAUUCAGUUGAUCUCUCUCUCUCUCUAUCUCUCUCUUUCUCUCACUAGAUCUGUGUGGCUUGCUUUGCUGUUGCCGUUGUUUUGCUUUGCCUUGCCUUGCUUGCCGUUGCUGGCUGUGUCAGUGUGCCACCCACUCGCUCACUUGCUCGCUGUCUUGCUCUUCGUCUUUCCUCCUCUCGCUGUAGCAGCUAGCAAUGCCACGGCGUCGCGCGGAGGCGGAGGCAUUGCAAUGCGGCCGCCGGUGAAGAAGAAGCUUAGCGCCGCACAGGCGAGCGAGCUGUGCCUUCUUCUUGGUUGAGACUGAUUGGUCGGGAUGUUCAAGUCGGCGCGGUGGCGCGGCGGCGGCGGGGGCGGGGGGAAGGCGAAGGCGGUGUUCAAGCUGCAGUUCCACGCCACGCAGGUGCCGGAGGUGGGAUGGGAGGCGAUGAUGGUGGUGGUGACGCCGCGGGACGCGGGCCGGCCGACGGCGAGGACGGAGAGCGCGCAGGUCGCCGACGGCGCGUGCCAGUGGCCCGCCCCGGUCUACGAGGCCACCAAGCUCCCUUCCUCCGGCAAGGACAAGAUCUACCAGUUCCUCGUCUACGACACGGGCUCGACCAAGGCGGCGCUGCUCGGGGAGGCGACGCUGAACCUGUCCGAGUACGCCGACGCGUUCAAGCCGUGGAUCGUCACGCUGCCGCUCAGCGGCAGCCCCGGCGCGCAGCUGCACGUGACCAUCCAGCGGGUGGUGGGUGGUGGUGGCGGCGGCGGCGGUGGGUGCGGUGACGACGCCAGUGAGAACGGCGGCGACGUGUCGCCGGUGGUGGCGAGGACGCCGCCGAGGAAGACGCUGCAGAGCCAGCUGAGCCGGUGCGAGGACGAGGAGGCGGAGAAGGCGAGGGCGGCGGCGGCGGCGGCGGAUGCGAUGAGCCCUAUGCAAGACGGAUUGGUGAUAAACAAACCUCCUGGGAUGAGGUUUUCAGCGAGAAGAAACAUGCGUGGGCCUGUCGAUCACCUUCACAAUUCCAACAGCUUUGAUGCCAUUUCGGUGUCGGGUUCAGAUGGGAGCUCAGGGAGAUUUACCCCCAAAAACAAUGCAAGUAUGCACAGCACAUUUCUUCAGGAGGGCACCAAUACCCUCUCACCCCUGAGGAACACAUUGACCAGCUCCGGUGACUGGUCGGGAAGCUCAGCUCCUGAUGCUAGCACCGACGGGUCAACCAGCAACUCCGGUGAGGCGGGGUUGAGGGAGGCAGAGGAUGAUGUGGAGAAGCUAAGAAGUGAGAUAGCCACUUUGACGCGGAAAUUGGAUGUCUCCGAUAUGGAGUUGCAAACACUGAGAAAGCAAAUUGUGAAGGAGAGUCGACGAGGGCAAGAUCUUUCCAAGGAAGUGGGUAGCUUGAGGGAUGAGAGGGAUGCUCUCAGAAGAGAAUGUGAAGCACUCAGAGGGAUGAAAAAGACUAUCCAUGAUGCAAACGGAUCUGGUAAAAGACUAUCAAGCGGGGAAGACCCGUGGUCGCAGAUUGAAGAGCUAAAGCAAGAACUGGGCCAUGAGAAGAAUCUAAAUGGAGAUCUGCAUUUACAAUUGCAGAAAAUGCAGGAAUCCAACUCUGAGCUACUUCUGGCUGUGAAGGAUCUUGAUGAGAUGCUGGAGCAGAAGAACAAGGAGAUAUCACUUUUGCAUGAAGAAACACUGGAGGAUCCCCAGGAGGCUGAAUAUGAGCUAGCAUUGUCAAAUGUGCAUAAUGCUGGACACAAAAUAGACAUAUCUGAAACAAGUUCAGUUCAAGAGAAAGAAGAUGAGCUGAUGCUGGAUGCAUUGGCAAAGACAACCGAUGGCAUCGCUACCUCUGAACUUCAAAAUAAAAUUGUUGAGCUGAGCAAUGAAAUCGAGUUGUAUAAGAAGGACCGUGAAGACCUCGAGAUGCAAAUGGAGCAACUUGCACUUGACUAUGAGAUCCUGAAGCAAGAGAACCAUGACAUCUCUUCUAGGCUGGAGCAAACACAGUUGAGGGAGCAGCUAAGGAUGCAGUACGAGUGUUCAGCACAUUUGUCUAUAAUAAGCGAUCUUGAAGCCAAUGUUGAGAGCCUGGAGAAUGAACUCCAGGAACAAUCCAAAAGAUUAGAGGCUGACAUACAAGAGGUAAUGCGUGCAAAGGUUGAACAAGAGCAAAGGGCCAUAAAGGCCGAGGAGUCCCUGAGGAAAGCAAGAUGGAACAAUGCCACUACUGCUGAACGACUCCAGGAGGAAUUCAAGAUGUUGUCUUCACAAGUUUCCUCUGCUUUCAGCGCAAAUGAACAGUUGCUUAUGCAAGCUAGAAAAGAGGCUGCAGAGCUACAGUUACAGAAGGGCCAGUUGGAAGAAUUACUACAGAAGGCACAAGAAGAUCUUGGAUCAAUCCAAGAACAACACCGAGUGAAGGUUCAACAGUUACUGACCUUAGUGGAUUUCAAGUCAAAGGAGACAGACAGGCUGGUAAUGGAGCUUAAAAGCAAGAGUGAUGAGUUCCAGAAUCAGAAGAGAUGCAACGAAGCAAAGUUAAGUGUUCUCUCAGAAGAAAUAGAUCAACUCAAAGCUAAGAUUGAGAAUCUGUCAAAUGAACGAGACAAUCUCUUCGAAGAGAAUGAGCAGAAGGACAAGGAAUUAGCUGCAAAUUGUCAAAAGGAUAUGUUCUUGCAGGAUAGAGAUGCUGAGAUAGCUUUGCUCAACAAAGAACUUGCUUCAAUCAAGGACCAAGUGCAGACAUAUUUAGAGGAGAUAAACACUUUAAAAAGUUCAAAGAAUGAAAAGGAGGAGAUGAUCGAGAAGCUGCAAUCAGAGAUUAGAUCGUUGAAAUUCGAGUAUGACAACCUGAAAAUUUUGAUGUCCACUAACGACUCUGAGAAACACAACCUUGCUUCCCAAGUGCUGAAGCUUCGGAGAGCCCUUGAAAGCAGGGAGGAUGUGAAACAAAAUGGUGUCAAAUCAGAUGAGGACAACCACCAUGCUACUUCUAAGCGCAUCAAGCAUGACGACGGCACCACCGGGAGCUGUAACGUGCUGCCAAGCACCAACAGACACAAUGCAAAUGGUGACUGCAAUGGGCAUGACAGGAGGGAUGCAGCUCAUGAUCAGUCGGUAAAGGAGCUGGAAAUCCUGAAGGAGAGGAACACUGCACUGGAGGAAGAGCUCAAAGAACUGCACGGGCGGUACUCGGAGAUAAGCCUGAAAUUCGCGGAAGUCGAAGGCGAGAGGCAGCAGCUGGUGAUGACGGUGCGCGCCCUGAAGAACUCCCUGAGGUGAUCUUGAUCUAUGCUCCUCACACACGUUGUAGUACAAAAGAUUUAGAUGAUACCCCGGAGGGUUUUGUAUAGGCAGGCAGCUGGAUGAGCUGUAUGAAAUGAGGACAAUAUCUAGGUGCUCUGCAGAGGCCACAGGUACCCAGGUUAGCAGGGUGUGGUCAGUCACAAUACACAGCAUUGUAGAUCUCCCCCCACAAUAAUAUUUCUUUCUUCUUCUUCUUCCUCUUCCUCUUCCAUUGGUGUGUGUAACUGUAACAUGAAUUAGCUUCUCAUCUAGAGUGUUGUGUUGUAUAAUUCCUGAUGCUUGGCUUUUGUUGUGAAGAAAGAAAAGUGAGAUAAGAAAAUAUGGUGUGACCAGUUCUACUUCCA